CAGUACAAUUUUGUUGGUUGGGGGGGUGGGGGGAAUUUAUAGUGUUUUCGAGUAUUCUGAGUUGCGAUGAAGUGGCAGAGUCGCACGCAGAGCGCGCAGGAAUAGAAGCAAAGAAAAGGUAGACAGAGAAAUGUGGAAGAGAGCGUUGGUCGGCGCCGUGGGUGCUCUCCGGCGGCCAUUUUCGUCGGGAGGCGGCGGCAUCUCCUCCGCCGUGAACUCGAUGAUUCUUCGCUCCCUCAAGGAUCACUAUCUAGAAGUCGCCAAAAUGAACAUGCCCCCUAAAGUGAGUCCUCCGUCGCCGUUCACGAUCGUGAAGGGGGCGCUGGACUCGCACGGUCCGGUCCUGAGGCGGAGCUACGGCGACGAAGAGGUGAGCAUCUACGUCAUGCGGCUCUCCGCCCCCGACGACGACGACUCCGCCAUCGACCAGCUCUUCAUCCACGUCGACGUCUCCAAGCCUUCGCAGAACGAAUCCUUGAUUUUCCUCUGCGGUUUGUACGAGGAUGCUUUGGGGAUUCACUCCGUCUCCAUGCGCCCCAAGGUUCAAGAAUCUGGAUACCUCCUCAUCCCCUCCCAAUACACCGGUCCUGUUUUUGCAGAACUAGAUGAAAAUAUGAGAGAUGCGUUUCAUAGUUACAUUGAGGAGCGAGGAGUGAACGAGAGCCUCUUUAAAUUUCUUCAAGCGUGGCUAUAUGUGAAGGAACAUCGAAAUCUGAUGCGGUGGUUCAGAACGACGGGCUUGUUCAUUGAUGGAAAGAAGUCAGCUACAGAGAAGCCUGCUACAGAUGCUUAACCCUCUUUAGAGGUCAUGUAUUUUGCAAACGGACUUUUACAGUAAUCAUGUUAUGAAUUCAAAACUUCCAAGUUUUUCAAUUUAAAAGUACCUUAAGUUUCA